AUGUCUUCUGAUUUUGGAAUACCGACUCCUCCUGCCUCCGAAUCAUCUGAUGGAAAAGAUCAUUUCUUUAUUGAUAAUCUUUUGGUAUCGGAAAGGGAUGUCGAAAAGGAUUCUUCAAGUCAUGUUUUAACCGCUCCUCCUUCUGUACAUGAUAAUACUGAUGGUUCCGAUGAACCAUCUACUCCAACGAGUCCUGAUCCUGUAAUUCAAUCCGGUUCUAGAUAUCUUAUACAUAAUUCUUUUCUUCCGGCUUUCAUUCCUCAAGUCGCUGCUGCUCAUCAAAUUAAAAUUCCUGAUUCUCAUCCUUUAUCAUCCUGUGCUACUUCUUCUGUUGAUUCUACCGCUAGUAUACCUCUUAGAUCUCCUAAUCGUGAUGAUGUAGAAAGUGAUCCUGCUUUUAUCAUUCACCGACCAGUUUUACUACCUGAUAUUAUUAAAUCAAUUUCUCAAGCUAGAAGAUCUAAAAUGAGAUCUAGACCUGUUACUAGAGCAAAAAAUAAAAGAGAAAGUCAAGAAUUAGAAUUAUUAAAAUUAACCGGAUUAGAUCAUAUUAUUGAUUCACCUGAUAAUAACAAAAAUGUUGAUGAUCUCGUGACUAAUUCGUCACGUCGUACCGCAACAAUCAACAAUAAUCAAAAAUUUUUACAAAAUUUUUCAAAUUCACAAUUGUCUAGAUCAAAUCAAAUUUCCACAAAUGGUGGUGAAAAACAAUCAAUUAGAUCUUCUUCACAUAAUGGUUCUUUACCUUAUUAUCGAAAUUCUAAUCAACGUCGUGCAUCAAUGUCAAAACGUAAAGGUGAUCAUUCACCUUCUAAAUGUUAUCCGGGUUCUUCGUCAACUUUACAUAUGACUCAUCGUAGAGAAACUGGUAAUAAAACAAAAGUUUGUGCAAGUUGUAGAACUCGCAGUACACCAUGUUGGAGACCUGGCUGGCGUCCAGAUCUUUUCUUGUGUAAUAGCUGCGGAUUAAGGUAA